UGUCAGGAAAAAAUCAGUCAAACAUUUUAGUAAUUCAAUGAUUUGUUUCCUACUUCACUCCGUAAGAGACUGUUGACUAUGGGAGACGAGGAAAGAUCUAUGGAGGCGGAGCAGGAGGGAGAGAAGGAAAUGAAGAUGGUUCGUCAGUGUCCUCCGAUCUACCCACUGCCCGAAGAGAUAAAAAAGAUGGAGCGCAGUGAGACGGUGUGUCGUUACUGUGGUGUGAGCUACCUCAUCUUCCACGAGUUCCAUCAGCUCCACACCCGACUGGCUCAGCUGGAGGAAGAGCUCCAGGGACUGAGAGAGAGCACCCAGAGAGAGAAGGCCCAGCGAGAGGCACUGGAGCUGGGCCGGUUGGAGUGGGAGAAAGCAUUUCACCUGGAGGUGCAGCGACAGACAGUGGAGAAAGAGAAAAGCACAAGAGAAGAGCUGGAAGAGAGGCACAAAGAUGCAGAGAGAGCUCUGAGAGAGGAGUUUAAACGAACGUGCGAUGUGGAGAGGCAAAAGAUAAAAGACGAGUGUCAGAACAUCUGUGAAGAAAAAGAGAGCCGACUUAGAAGAGAGCUGGGAGAGCUACAGGCGGAGACACUGAGGGAGCAGCGAGAAGAGCUGGAGAGGACGACUGAGGAGAGAGAGAAAGUUCUGAGUGACGCACUUCAAAAGGCCAAUAACAACUUAGAGGAAUUAAGAAAAUAUCUCCAACAGCUGGAAGAGAGACUGGCAAAAGAGGCUUGCACGAAGGAGGAGGCAGAGCAGUUACUCGAAGAAGAGAGGAGGCAAGGUGAAAUUCUCAGAGGAGCAUUGGUGCGGCAGCAGCAGGCCCUGCGAGCGACUCUCUCCGUGCUCCGAUCCUCUGGCAGUGAUCUUACAGAUGUACGGGGUUUCCUCAGCCAGCUGACAGGGGUCUGGCAGGCCUUCAGAUCUCAGAUACUGCAGCACAGCACACAGGUGUUCUCAGUGCUCAGAGAGGAGCUAAAGCAUUCCAGUGUGGAGUUACAGAAAAUGAGAGAAGAGAAAGAGCUCCUAACUCAGCAGCUGAUGGAGCAGAGGAGACAGAGUGAGGAGAAGCUGUCCCAACAGAAAGACUCUGAGAACCAGCACAAGGAAAAACUACUCCGGUUAAAAGAGGAGUUGGAGGAGAAACACGAGAGGUGGUUGUCAUGCCAAAGCAGGUGUGACAUCAUGCAGGAGCAGCUGUCGUCAUACUGCGCAGCUGAAGAGGAAGUGACACGACGGAGGGAAGCUCUGGAGAAGGUCCAGCAGGAAACGAGAGAGCUGAGGAGAGAAAGGUCACGGGAGAUAUUGAUAGAGUCCCAUGGCAGAGCCCUGACCAAGAUGGAAGAAGACUGCAGACAGCAGAUGCACUCAAAGCUGGCUGCCGCCCUGGAAGAGCAGAGAACCCAGAAUGCAUUGCACCUGUGGGAGCAGAUGGAGGAGUCCCGCAGGGAGGUGGAGUUAGAGCGGACAAUUCACAGGGAGAAGAACCAACUGCUGCUACUACAAUACCAGCGGGACAGCACACAGCUUCAGGAGAAGCUGGAGGAGAGAGAGCAGGUGCUACGAGGACUGCAAGACAAGCUGCAGGAAGAGAGGAGAAGCAGGGUGGAGGAGAGGAGGAGGAGGAGUGAGGAGGAGCUGCAGCGCUCCCAACAGCAAGAGGCCCUACAGCUGAGCCAAGCUAAGGCUGGACUACAGCUGGUGACUGAGAGGAAUGCUGAACUUCAAGAAGAGGUGGCGUUACUCCAGGAGACAGUAAGAAGGGAGUGUGAGGAGAGGGAGGAGCUGACUGCUGCUCUGUCUCAAGCACAAGGGGAGCUUCUUGGCCUGCGAUCCCCAGCAUCUCAUCAGGGCUCCUCCAGGUCUCCUCCAAACCCCACGGAGAGACAAACACCCCCAGUGAACAAGCAUUUCCAUCUACAUAGUCAAACCCGGGUAACUCUUACUCGCUCUUUCAACUCCCCAAACACACUGCGACCCUCCCCUCCCUUUACUGACAAAGACAGAGGCCAGGGCACAGAUGGAGGAGGAGUGGGGAGGAGUUUAGAGUCUCGGAAUCGAGAUGAAAAAAGACAAGAUGGGACACUGCCCAGACUGAAAGCCAGCAGCACAGUGAGCGAGGUCAAACGUAAGGUCCGUUUAGCGAUGGAGAGGAAGGAGAGACUGUAAUACAAUCAGAAUGAAGGAGCAUAAAUGUAUUACAAAACAAGUAGUGCAGCGGUUCAAAAUGAAACACGAUUUCAGUGUUGUUUUGAAAUAUUUUUUUAUAGUAUUUCAAUAUUAAUCAUAUUAUUUUAAGUGUUUUAUUGUUCCCUUAGAGUUAAUAAUACACAGAAUUUAGUCAAUUAUCCCUAUAAUUGUCUACUCUAAAACUCACAACACAAACUUUAUGCACAAAACACAACUACUGAGUUCUGCUCGAACCGCAGUAAUCUCCCCAGACACACACUCUCUGACAGACAUGCACUUGUUUUCUCACAACCCAACUCACGCAGUCUCAGUGGCACGCACAGGAUAAACACACACACACACACACACACACACACACGCAAACAUGCAAACACACACACAGCCUGUCACAAGGGCAGAGCUGAAGGAGCAUGACAGCGUGUCCCUUGCCACCCGUGGACACAAAGAAAAAGCAGGCAAACACAAAAGAAACUGUAAGGCAAGCACCCCCAGACACACAUGCACACACACGAAUUACCCAGCCCUCACCAAUCACGCAUUGUGUGUUAUUGACAUCAUUCACUCCGUGCAAGGUCUUUCCAUCCCUCCCCCCCUCUCUUCCUCUCCCUCUACAUUUGGGAUGAAUUGGCAUGAUGGGAGAAAUGUGUGAAGUGUGUGUGGCAUGGAACUCAUUUCCCCGCUUACUGGCACACAUGGAAAGCAUUUAGUUUGACUUCCUCGUGUCCCUCGCUUCCAACCCAUCUGUGAGACAAUGCACAUGCACGUCGUUCACACAGAAAGGUGGGAUGAUAAUGAUUUUAUCCUGCCAAGGUUUCCUCUGUUUGCCAAAACACACACAUAUGGUUUAUCUGCUUAGGGUCUCGGUCCGUGGGGAGAGGACGUUCUGAAAUAUGUAACAAUGAACAUUCUGUUUCAUUAAAAGCUAAUUUUUUACCUCCUCUGUUUUUGUCACGAUGGUUAAAAUGGAACAUUUCCUACUACACAUGACAAAGUGGUUCAUGUUUUUUUCUGAAGUUGACUGUCAUGAAGUCUGAAUAUAGAAAUGUACUUUGUUUGCAUAAGAUAUUUAAUAAGAUUUCCUAAGAAAUCUUCCUCCACAAUCAACACUCCCUAGCUGCCCCUUUAUGAAAAACAGCAAUAAAUAUUCCUUUCCUUUUGUGCUCUG